CAGGCGCUCAGCACGGGCUCCGCCUAUCGCGAGAAUCAAUCCCGGAAGUUCCACGUCAGUGACUCGGCCGGUUCCGGGUCGGUGGGAUUUUUGAGGCCUACGUGGCUGGGAGCCAGUGAGGGGCCGGGGCUCGGAUCGACGGCACCAUGCCUCUUCGACUUGAUAUCAAGAGAAAGCUAACUGCUAGAUCUGAUCGAGUUAAGAGUGUGGAUUUGCAUCCUACAGAGCCAUGGAUGUUAGCCAGUCUUUACAAUGGCAGUGUGUGCGUUUGGAACCAUGAAACACAGAAUAAAACGUGUGUCCAGACACUGGAGGGGCAUGCCCAAAAUGUGUCUUGUGCUAGUUUUCAUCCUGAGCUGCCUAUCAUCAUCACGGGUUCAGAAGAUGGAACUGUGCGUAUCUGGCAUUCAAGUACCUACCGAUUGGAGAGCACAUUGAAUUACGGAAUGGAGAGGGUAUGGUGUGUGGCCAGUCUGAGAGGGUCCAACAAUGUCGCUCUGGGCUAUGAUGAAGGGAGCAUCAUUGUUAAGCUUGGUCGGGAGGAACCUGCCAUGUCCAUGGAUGCCAAUGGAAAGAUCAUUUGGGCCAAGCAUUCAGAAGUCCAACAGGCCAACUUAAAAGCAAUGGGAGAUGCUGAAAUUAAAGAUGGAGAAAGAUUGCCACUGGCUGUGAAGGAUAUGGGCAGUUGUGAAAUAUAUCCACAGACUAUUCAGCACAACCCCAAUGGGCGAUUUUCUGGUCUGAUUCUGGAGAACUAGUGUGUAUUGCCACCGAGGAAUCAUUUUUUAUCCUUAAGUAUCUAUCAGAAAAAGUUUUGGCUGCACAGGAAACACAUGAGGGUGUCACUGAAGAUGGCAUUGAAGAUGCCUUUGAGGUUCUUGGUGAAAUUCAGGAAAUUGUGAAAACCGGGCUGUGGGUAGGAGAUUGCUUCAUCUACACAAGUUCUGUGAACAGAUUAAACUAUUAUGUUGGUGGAGAAAUAGUCACCAUUGCUCACUUGGACAGGACGAUGUAUCUUCUGGGCUAUAUUCCGAAAGACAACAGGCUUUAUCUGGGGGAUAAGGAGUUGAACAUUGUUAGCUACUCCCUCCUGGUUUCAGUCCUGGAGUACCAGACUGCUGUCAUGCGGAGGGACUUCAGCAUGGCUGAUAAGGUCCUUCCUACUGUCCCAAAAGAACAGAGGACCAGAGUCGCACACUUUCUGGAAAAGCAGGGCUUCAAGCAACAAGCUCUUACAGUAUCCACAGAUCCCGAACAUCGUUUUGAGCUUGCUCUUCAACUUGGAGAGUUAAAAAUUGCAUACCAGUUAGCAGUGGAGGCAGAGUCUGAACAGAAGUGGAAACAACUUGCUGAGCUGGCCAUUAGUAAGUGUCAGUUUGGCCUCGCCCAGGAGUGCUUACACCACGCCCAGGAUUAUGGGGGUCUGCUGCUCUUGGCCACUGCCUCUGGAAAUGCUAGUAUGGUGAACAAGCUAGCAGAGGGCGCAGAGAGAGAUGGCAAAAAUAACGUGGCAUUCAUGAGCUACUUUUUACAGGGCAAGCUUGACGCAUGCCUAGAGCUCUUGAUCAGAACAGGAAGACUGCCAGAGGCUGCCUUCCUGGCCCGAACAUACUUACCCAGCCAGGUUUCAAGGGUAGUGAAACUUUGGAGGGAGAAUCUCUCAAAAGUCAACCAGAAAGCAGCAGAAUCCCUUGCUGAUCCAACAGAGUACGAAAACCUUUUCCCUGGGUUAAAGGAAGCCUUUGUUGUUGAAGAAUGGGUGAAGGAGACACGUGCUGAUCUGUGGCCAGCCAAGCAGUACCCUCUUGUCACGCCAAAUGAAGAGAGAAAUGUUAUGGAGGAGGCAGAAGGCUUCCAGCCCACAAAAAUGUCAGCUCAGCAGGAAACCGACGAGAAACCUGCUUCUCCCACUCCAGUUAUGGCCUCCCAAACUGCCCACAAAGAAGAAAAGAGCUUACUAGAACUAGACGUUGAUUUGGAUAAUUUGGAAUUAGAAGAUAUUGAUACAACAGACAUCAAUCUGGAUGAAGAUAUUCUGGAUGACUGAACGUAGUUUGCCAUGUACUAGAGUAAACAGAUCAUUAUGAUGUAUAGGAGUUGAUCACCACCCUGACCACAGUGCCAGUGCUUGAACUCUGGAAAUUUUUGAUUUGUACAUGUAAACACUGUGGACCAAGGAGAGCACAAUGACUUCCUCACCUUCAGAGUUGAUGGGCAGCUUUAAUCACUGUGUUAACUGAGAGACAUGGGCUUUUUUUUUUUUCAUACUGUCAUCAUUACCAUAUCUCAUAAAGUCUUUUAAAUUAAUGAAAAAAUGAGUUUUAUUUCUGAGUAAUGGAGACAGACUUCUAGUUUUAAAAGGCUGAGCGAAAACACCUCACCCAGGACCAGCCUCAUUCUCCUUUGAAUAAGUGUGUUUUUCAAAUACCUAUUGCACUGUUUUAGAACUGGGUAUCAAUGUUGUAAUUACCUAAACCUCGUUCUGAUCUUACUGUCAUCAUGUUCAGUCUACAUAGUGUGGCUGGCAGAGAUCCACAUCUGAUUUCUGUCCAGCUGGGCUGUCUACACUACCUGCUAGUCUCUGAUAGCACGGAGAAGCAAGGGGGAAAGGACUCUUGUGGUUAACUGCUCUAACGUGAGUAGAUUCAUAAUCAGAUACUCAAUCAGUUAUCCCUCUGUAACCUAGAAACCGAGUAGGGCAACAAGUUUUUCUUUGUAUGGGUUAGACACACCUUCUAUAAUUGAAAAUAGAAGAAAUUAGAGAAAGCACCUUUGAACUCUGACAUUUUAAAACACUUAGUACUAAUAAAAAGGGAGACAAGG